AUGACGACUUCCCCUUCUCUCUCUCCCACGCCCCCCCCUCCUCCUCCUCUGUUUCAGGCACUUGAAAGCACGGCAUUCCCCAUCGCUGCAUUCCUUGAAACCGUUUCGGUCUCAGCAUCAAGCUGCACGCACAUCGCCCCGGGUCGGGGCAGGCCGACGGUGUUCUUCACUUCUACGGAAGUGUUCCAGUCGGAUUCCAACUCGUGUGAACAUCACUCUGAGGGCCAGUUUUGUGAGAGUCGAAGAGACCAACUGACCGUCGCCACCGAUCAGCUCUUCAGUGUUUGGACAAGCCCGGAGUUCCAUCUUUCGUCUUCCAGUAGCAUCAUGAAGCUUCCUCCGCCGGCGGUCAUGGCGACCUGGCCAACGCCGAAUUAUAUCGAUCCAGUCACCCGUGGGCAUGGUGUGCUCUACGUGAACGUCAUCUUCACUUCACUCGCACUGCUGGUGGUCGCUCUUCGGCUGUACACUCGCUUUCGAAUCACAUGCAGUGCCGGUGUGGACGAUGCACUGAUCGUGAUCGGUCUGGCCUUUACCAUUGCCAUGGUAGCGGUGACUUCAUUGGCGACAGAGACUUGGGGAUGGAAUCGACAUGUCUGGGAUGUGCCACCGACCUGGCUUCCCACCGUCCAGAAACUCAAUAUCGUUUUCCAGAUCAUGUUCUCCUGGGCCUCCAGUGUCACCAAGAUCUCCCUGCUGUGGUUUUGUCGUCGCCUGCUCGGUGCCGGCAAGGGUAACUUUGUCUGGUAUAACUGGGCCUUUAUCGGAUCGAUGGUGGUGGUCGCAGUCACCUGUUUGGCGUUUACCUUGACCAGCAUCUUUCAAUGCCGACCCAUCAAGGCCUACUGGACGGUCAGUCCGGCCUUUCCUCAUACAUGCAUCGACGAAGGCAACCUCCUCUUUGCCGCCAGUGUGAUCAACAUCUUCACCGAUUUCCUGGCCACGGCGAUCCCCAUCCCGUUGAUCUGGAGUCUCAAAUUGCCAACCCGGCAACGUCUCGCGGUCAUUUCGAUUUUCGGGCUGGGGAUCAUGGUCAAUGUGGCUGGGUCUUUCCGCACAGUCUACGUGUGGGAAAGUAUGGUCGUGGGCUGGGAUAGAACCUGGCUGAGCUGGCCGAUCUUGAUCGCCGCCUCGGUAGAAAUCAAUCUUGGUCUGAUCUGCUCCUCCGCUCCCGCCCUCCGUCCCCUCGUCGCCGCAUUCCUCCCACGCCUCCUUGGCUCCUCUCGCCACUACAACACCUCCAACGCCCGCAGUCGAUCUCAAAAACCCUGGACUAGCACAGCCCGGUCCCAGCAGCAUCUCACCGGACGCGGCCAAGCCUCGCAGGACGUCGACCUCGACAAUGACCGCUUCGAAAUCAUGCGCACCGUCGAAAUGGAAACAUGGUCCGAGUCUCGCAUCCCGCAUCACGAGAAUAUAGGACACACCUUUGACAUUGGCACCGAGGGUCGUGCGAGAUCACCCAAUACCAGUCUGGAUCUGAAGAAUGGUCCGGCCGUUUUUUCAUCCGCGGCCAGUGACAAGUCGUCGAGUACUUUGUCAAGAGAUGAGGCCUUUUAUGGGAGGCGGUGA